AUGCUUCGUAAUGUCAUCCGUGCGCAUAUGCCGCUUGCUGGAGUUGCCCGUGGAGCGGCGAGCCUUCCGCCUCAGUGGCUUGCUGCGGCAGCCAAGGAGCUCAAGUUGAGCUCUGCUGAGGAAGCAGCGAACAAGCUGACGACUUCGACUGUGGAGGGCAUUGAUGUUCUUCCGCUCUACACUGAUGCCACUGGUGCUGACACUGCUCUUCCUGGCGAGUUCCCCUACAAGCGCGGGCCGUACGCCUCGAUGUACACUGGCCGGCCCUGGACCGUCCGCCAGUACGCCGGCUUCUCCACGGCCAAGGAGUCAAACGAGUUCUACAAGGCCAACCUGGCUGCCGGUCAGAAGGGUCUCUCUGUCGCCUUUGAUCUGGCUACUCAUCGCGGGUACGACUCGGAUCAUCCGCGGGUGGCCGGCGAUGUGGGCAUGGCUGGCGUGGCCAUCGACACCAUCGAGGACAUGAAAGUCCUGUUUGACGGCAUCCCGCUCAAGGACAUGUCCGUCUCCAUGACCAUGAACGGGGCUGUCAUCCCCAUCAUGGCUAUGUACAUCGGUGCAGGCCUGGAGCAGGGCGCGACGACCAAGCAGCUCUCGGGCACCAUCCAGAACGACAUCCUCAAGGAGUUCCUCGUCCGCAACACCUUUAUCUACCCGCCGCGCCCGUCGAUGCGCAUCAUCUCGGACAUCUUUGCCUACACCUCGCAGAACAUGCCGCGCUUCAACUCGAUCUCCAUCUCGGGCUACCACAUGCAGGAGGCCGGUGCAACUGCCGUCCAGGAGCUGGCGUACACCAUCGCCGACGGUCUCGAGUACACCAAGGCCGGUGUCGACGCCGGGCUCGACGUCGACGCCUUUGCCCCGCGCCUCUCGUUCUUCUUUGGCAUUGGCAUGAACUUCUUCAUGGAGAUUGCCAAGCUCCGCGCCGCUCGUGUCCUCUGGGCCGAGUACAUGCGCGACACCUUUGCGCCGGCAAACCCCAAGUCGACCAUGCUGCGAACCCACUGCCAAACCUCGGGCUGGUCGCUCACCGAGCAGGACCCGGUCAACAACGUCAUCCGCACCACCGUCGAGGCCAUGGCCGCCACCCUCGGUGGCACCCAGUCGCUCCACACCAACGCCCUCGACGAGGCCGUCGGCCUGCCCACCACCUUCUCGGCACGCAUUGCGCGCAACACCCAGCUCAUCCUGCAGGAGGAGGCUGGAAUCCCGGCCAUCGUCGACCCCAUGGGCGGCUCGUACGCCAUCGAGGCUCUGACCGACGAGCUCGUCGCCGGCGCCCGUGAGCUCAUCGAGGAGGUCCAGUCCAUGGGUGGCAUGACGGCCGCCAUCGAGUCCGGCCUGCCCAAGCGCCGCAUCGAAGAGUCGGCCGCCGUCCGUCAGGCCCGCAUCGACGCUGGCGAGGAGGUCAUCGUCGGCGUCAACAAGUACCGCCUGCCCGACUCCGAGGCCGACGAGGUCGAGGUCAAGAUGAUCGACAACGCCAAGGUCCGCGAGCAGCAGAUCGAGUCCAUCAACGCCAUCAAGGCCGGCCGCGACAGCGCCGCCGUCUCGGCCGCCCUCGACGCCAUCUCCGCCGCCGCCGCCUCGGACUCGGGUAACCUCCUCGAGCUCGCCGUCGAUGCUGCCCUCGCCCGCGCCACCGUCGGCGAGAUCUCCGACGCCAUGGAGACCACCUUUGGCCGCUACAUGCCCAAGGGCGAGCUCAUUCGCGGUGUCUACAAGGAGUCGUUCUCGGGCACCACCGAGUUUGACGCCAUCCACUCGCGCGUCAAGGCCUUUGCCGACGCCCACGGCCGCCGCCCGCGCAUUCUCAUCGCCAAGCUCGGCCAGGACGGCCACGACCGCGGCGCCCGCGUCGUCGCUACUUCGUUUGCCGACAUGGGCUUUGACGUCGACCUCGGCCCGCUCUUCCAGACUCCGGAGGAGGUCGCUUCCGAGGCCGUCGACCUUGACGUCCACAUUGUCGGCGUCUCGUCGCAGGCCGCCGGCCACCGCACCCUUGUCCCCGAGCUCAUCCAGAAGCUCAAGGACGCCGGCUCGUCCGCCGUCGUCGUCGUUGGUGGCGUCAUCCCGCGCCCGGACUACGACAUGCUCCACGACGCCGGCGCCGUCGCCGUCUUUGGCCCCGGCACUCGGGUCACCGAGGCCGCCGGCACUGUCCUCGACAAGGUCGAGGAGCAGACCGACCUUUGAGCUGAUCUCCCAUAAAUCAAGGCUGACAAUCCGCAG